UUUUGGUAUCAUCAUGUUUGAAGUUUCAAAAGGAGAACGAGCUUUUCUCGGACAAGAAAACAAUGAUACUAUUAUUCAUAGUAUAUGUAAUGACAAUACACGUCCAGUAUUUGGAGAAAGAAUUCCAGAAAUUUAUGUUAACUUUGCAAGCGAGUGUAUGGACAAAUAUGCAGACAAACGUCCUGAUGCAAGGAAAGUUUGUGAUACUUUAAAAAGUUGGAUGGAAGACAAAAUUUUCGAAGACGAUAAUGACUAUGACGUUGGAGAGAAAAUUGAGUUUUCUGGAAUAAUUAUAUCAGAAGAGUGA